AUGGACACCAGUGACGAUGUGGUUUUUCCGACUAAAGGAAGAAAAAGAAAUUUGCAAUGUGAUGAGGUGUUUAAUAAACAGGCACGGGUAGAGGGAGUCCCCGACAGGGUCAACACGAGCACGGUGCGUAUAGAGAUUCGCAGUUCCAUUGGAAAAGAGGUUGACUGCCCCAUCAGAGCUGAAUUUAUUAAUCCUCCUACAAUUGGGAGUGGGAGAAGUGCGCCGCCCGCGGAGCGGUUAGUAACCCCCGAACAGAAGUUACGCACAGAAGGCCGACUCCAAAAUAGCGAUACCGUCUGUAACAUCUUGUCUUUUAUGCCCUUCUCCCAAAGAUGGAGCUGCAAAUUAUUAAGUAGGUCCUUCUACCAAGCCUUUCACACGAAAUAUGCAUGGAAUCACGUAGAUGUACGGUUUCUAGAUGUAGACAUUUUUAAGUUCAAUUUUUUGAAAACGUUCAACAGGCACUUUGUGAAUACCUUCUCCUUAUUUUUAUCGAUAAAUGAGAACACAAGCGCAGAGCCGACCAUCAAUUUAGCUAUGAAUAAUUUCCCACGCUUGACUGAUCUUCGCCUGUACUGUCGGAAAAAAAACAACAAUUAUAUUUUUGAGGGGGUUCACCCGAUGGUUUCGAGUCUACUGAGCGGGAAGGCGACUGUGGCGCAGGGGGAAGUACAUAGAGAAGGGAAGAAUCCGAAGGAGGGCGACACCUCGAACGACAAACACGAGCAUGGGGAUGGUAGUGCCUCUGGAAUGAUUUAUCCGCGGGAGCGUCCUGGUAACCACUGUAGCCAGUCUCCUGUAGACCUCCCCGAUUGGGAUUUGGAGCUGAACGACCUUUUUUUGUAUAGUCGAUAUUAUGGACAUAGGGAAGGAGAGCGUCAAAAUGGGAGGGAUAACGAAGAGGACGAUGGUGACGAGGUCGCGCAGGAGGUGGAGGAUCCCGCGGAUAACCUUCACGCAAUUGCAGCGCGAACGCAUAUAUGGAAAGCGAAAAAGAUCCAAUUGUCUAACCAAUUUGAGCACCUAGAACGGUUGGUGUUGGACGUGAAAAUUAGAGGAGAUGAACUUCUCCCUUUUGUUGGAAAAAUGACUAACCUAAAGGACAUAAUCCUAAGCAAGCUCCUAUACACAGACAAGCUAAACCGGGCUCAGUGCAUAACCAUAUUUACAUGCUUUAUUGAGCAGAUAAAAAAAAAUAACAUUCGUGUAUUGCAACUUGGGUUGUUCUUCACGCGCGAGUACAAACCGACUGACUAUAUAGACAAUGAACUAUUUCGAAAAAUUGUAAAGGGAAGGACGGAACAUACCUCUCAUGUAGAUAAGGAGGAGGGGGACGAGCUUAUAUAUAUCCUUCACAAGAACCACUUGCAUUCGCUCUACUGUCUCUGGAGCAACGACCUCUUCAUAUCGUUCGAUAUGUACGAGCGGAUUCAUACCUUCAGCAACCUGAAAAUAUGGAUCCUGCCCGGCUGGCGCGCUCUAUCACUGGUGAAGCAGUGA